UCGUCCCCUAUUCUGACACAUUGAACAUGACUAUUGACUGUAGGUUGUUAGCACUGCAGUUUAAACAAGUCACGAUGACGAUUGCUAAGCUCCGCGCUGUAGCUACCGUGUUUUACUUGAUGUUAAUAACGGGCCUUGAUAUGGUAGAACAAAAACAUAAUGACACAGAUUCCUGCAUGCUAAGAAUAAAAGAAAACGAAAGUCGCGUUCGCGUCGAAGUGGCAAGAGAGAUGAGGGAAGAGAUGAAAAACGAAGUGAAGUCGCAGUUCAAGCGAUUUCAACUCUCAAGGAAUAAGAGGGCACAACGACAGGGGGAAGUGGAUUUGUCAAAUGAGGUUCGAGUUCUCGAGGCUGCUCUCUUAGAGUGCACCGUGCUUGUUGUUGCAACUUCUACGACAUGUCGGAUAGGGAAGUCCACGAUGACAAACACGUCAGUAAAACCAGUGUCGUGUCCAGGUGGGUUUGUGAGAUUUGAAGACCACUGCUACUUACUGUCACUGGAAGAAAACAACUGGACUACUGCAAGAACUACAUGUCGUAUCAUGGGUGCCGACCUCGUCUCCAUCAAUACACAAGCUGAGAACGACUUUCUGGUCUCAGCAAUAAAGAAAUAUUUCCCACCGGGAACCGGAGGAUAUAUAUUCUGGCUUGGGAUGAUCUAUGUAGGCGGAAAGAACAUGUGGGCUGAUGGCACUGAGGUGGGCUUCACUGACUGGAUUCCAUCGCCGUUACCUUCCUGUAAGGGCGAACCGUGUAAGGCAUAUAUUACAACGUAUCGUUCAACCUACAAGUGGAGUGGUGGACAAAAGAAGUAUGUACACUUUUCUAUUUGUGAGAAGGAUGCAGCCUAGAGAAGGAGCAGAAGGUUCCUCUAUAGUAAAUCAUAAACACAUGCUCAAGAUGCAGUCGGAUUCGGACAAUCGACUUUGCUUGUCGCACAGAUUUCUUGUGGCCAUGGAAAGGGAUGUGUCUAUUGUACUUAGAGCUGUAGCAAAUGGCAACGCUAUAUUAGAAGGAUGCGUCCCAGAGGAAGGUUCUUCUCUUCAGUGGGUGUUUUGUGCUUAAGGCUAAAGAAAAAGAAAUUGAAUUUUAGGUGUUGUUGAUAUUUCGACGAGUAUCGUUGUUGACGGAAACGUCCAGUGUCCAGCGGUGUUGUCACGUUUUCCUGCUCCGAGUGCCGUCCGAAAGCAAGUCCGAAGGGUGUGGCGUAAACGUGUGGAGCAGGGAUCUGAUCACAAAUUGUUUUCAACAGUGCAUCUCGUUUGCCAACUUCAUUGUGGGACGCAGAUAAUACACCGCAUGCACACAUAUCACGUUGUAAUAUGAAGCCAUGUGCUAGACCUACAUGGUGACUACACCUUGAUCGGCACUUGUUAUGAACUGUUCUCCUGUGUCUGUAGGAUGAUUUCAUGAAUGAUAGGAAAGAGCUCAGCGAAUAUCACUUUCAAAGGCAGCAGAUAAAGGACCCAUGAAGAUUCGGGUUAGAAGUGGGCUUCAGCAAACCAUGCUUGUCGUAAGAGGCGUCUA